UACACUCUAAAGCGUCCGGCUCAACAGGGAUUUCGGGACAGGACGAGCCUCGGGAAGUCCAGAGGCGGGGCGACAGUAGAAAUGGCGUCUCCGGCGCGGGGUAACCACGUGUGGGUGGGGUCCGAGACGGGCAUCCUGAAAGGGAUCAACCUGCAGAAGAAACAGGCCACAAACUAUAAGUCAGGAGAUGCGGUACUCAGUCGACAUGAAGCUGUUACUGCCAUGUGUUGGGGCGAUCCCUACGAGUCUGAGAUCUUUGUGGGAUGCCUUGAUGGAUCUGUCAGACUGUUCAGUACUGAGAAGGGCAAGUUUACUGAGUCACGAGACUGUCUAGGAGGCGAGGGACCCUUUUGUGGCUUGGCUGUGCUUGACAAUUCCCUUAUCACCUGUGUACAGUCUGGUUUGCUGAAGGUCUGGCGGGAUGCUUCAUCAGAAAAUCUGGAGGUCCAGGUGGGCCCUGGCGUGUGCCGCAUGCGCCAGAACCCGGAACAGCCUCAUCGCGUGGCCACAGGUGGGAAGGAGAACUGCCUCAAGGUGUGGGACCUCCACCAACCACAGGAGCCCAUCUUCCGUGCCAAAAAUGUGCGGAACGACUGGCUUGACCUGAGGGUCCCUAUCUGGGACCGGGACAUGCAGUUCCUGCCUGGAUCAGAGAAAAUUGUUACCUGCACUGGACAUCACCAGGUCCGGAUCUAUGACCCUAGCUCCCCACAGCGGCGCCCUGUGUUGGAAGCCACCUUUGGGGAGUACCCACUCACUGCCCUCUCCUUGACACCUGACACAAAUGCUGUUGUUGUGGGCAGCUCACGUGGGGAUGUGGCAGUAAUUGAUCUACGGCAAGGGCGGUUGCUGAAGUGCCUCAAAGGCUUCGCUGGGAGUGUCCGUGCCAUCCAGUGCCACCCUGUGCUUCCACUGGUGGCCUCGUGCGGGCUGGACCGCUUCCUCCGUGUGCACAACCUCCAGCACAAGCGCUUGGAGCAUAAGGUGUAUCUGAAAUCUCGAUUGAACUGCUUGCUGCUAACCAGCAGAGAAAAAUGGGAGGAUGAUGGUGCCGACCCUUCAGCUGACCUCCAGAGUGACGUGAAAGAGGAGGAGGAGGUGGACGAGAUCUGGAACUCAAUGGAAGUGGUUGCCACCAAGCGGAAAGCAGAACGGCAGCCGUGCUCUGACGAGGGGAGGGACGCACCCCGAAGGGACAAGGGCCUCAAAAAGCCGAAGAAGAUUAAAAAAGCUGAAUCUUGAUAUCUGGGUGGGGAGGGGGGUUGGAAUGACAUUUGGUUUUUAAUAACGAAGGAGGCAGGCAUCACCAAAGUGCCUGAAUCUCAGCCUUGGACAUGGGUUUGCCACAAGCAAAGGCCUUGGCUGGUCAUGGGAGAAAAAGAGACAGAAACGUGAGCUGCUUUCUGCUGCCUCUUAGGACAAGUUUGCCAUGGGAGGGCUUUUAACCUCACAGCAGCCCCAGGUUGUUUUUUGGAUCUGGGGGGCUGGUGUGGCAGGAAUGUGAAGUUUUAUAGCAGGGGCUUCAUUUCAAGAACCUUAUGGAGACAACACAUUUUCCCCCUGCAUGUUUGAAAUUCUCAGUUUUCCUUCUCUCAUUUUGGCUGCUGUGCAGUUAAGACCGCUUGAAGCUAUUAAAAAGUACCUUCUUGCACAAUA